CUAACUUGAACUAGCUAGCAGUUCGUGUGACGUGAAACUCUGUGGUCUACCUCGUCAAGUAAAUAAAUUCCUCUAACUUAAGGAUACUGGCCGUCAAGAGCAUUGUAGGAGGUAAUGUGCUUGCUGAGUAGGAGAGUCCUACCUGCAAUAAACCUAGGUACUUGAAGAAGUAUUGUACUCAUAAGUGUUUACCACAAAUUGACACUACUGCUGUUUCUAUCAGCCAUGAAUUCAAGUUCCUUCACCAAGUUGAUGCACAGAGCAUCAGUUCGGUGGAUAUGUGGAAAGCAACUGAAUGGCAGAAUAUGUGCUUUACAUAGACAGUCCAGCAUCUUCCCAUCUAGUCACCCACCUGUUAGCUUUGCAGCAAACAGAAAUACUCUCACAGACUGCCAUACAAGCCAUCCUCCAGUGCUUUCACCUUCUAGAAGAAUAUGUACCCCUGCCCACUGGGAUGCCCUAGAGAAGUCCAGAGCGACGGAUGGGCAGCCUGCCCGUCUUGGCUCCACCAGUGGCAUGUCUGGGGCGAGGAUACCGUCCCUUGGAGACGUCUUUUCAGAGGAGAAUAAGGAAAGAGUGAUGAGUAGUUUAUCGUCUAAGAGGACACUGAGGAGGUUUUAUACCAAGGACGUGAAGCAGAGAGGGGCGGUGGUGGUGCCCUUGUGCAGUGUCAACAGAGAACCCUGCAUCCUGUUCACGUUACGGACAAGGACUCUUAAAGACCACUCAGGAGAAGUCAGUUUUCCUGGAGGAAAGAUGGACCCUACGGACGGGGACGUGUGCCACACGGCUCUUCGGGAGCUCCAGGAGGAACUGGGAGUCGACCCAUCAAUGGUGGAGGUUUGGGGCAACCUAUCGCCAGUAGGAAGAGAGGUAGAUUACAUACUGUGUUGUCUGUUGUAUUUCAAGAGAAUCACGGUGGUACCAGUCAUCGGAUACCUAGGGGAGAUUGAUGUCAAGAGUCUCAAGUACAAUCCUGAUGAGGUCUCAUCCGUGUUUGUAAUGACGCUGUCCCAUCUGUGCAGCCCGGCCAGCCAAGCCUACACAGUCUACGAGCCUCACCAGUAUUCAGGGCAGCCGAUGGCAGCUCUCCCGGUCUUCCUGGGUGGGGAACAUCGGGUUUGGGGACUGACCGCUUACAUCCUGGACCUUGCUCUUCAGGCGAUAGUCCCUGACCAUUACCGGUCACUCAUCAGUCAAGUUAAGAAAGAACAGGCCACAUCAUCAUGACGGUAGGGUAUUGCUUAUAGGAACCUAACCAUUGUCAGCUGCUAUUUAAUGUUUUACUGAGUGUAUGGGGACCAUCAGGGCUGGGGACCGACCUCCUAGACGUUAGGACAUUGCCAAUAGCAAUACAACCAUUGCCAUUUAUAGGAAGUUAAUCUUUUACGUACGUUCCUAAAGAAAAUUGUCUCACUACCCACUGGAGUGGAACCAGAAAUAUUCUUGAUGAAAAGCUCAAAUCAUUAGAUUUAGGAAUCAAACCUUUGUCAGUCUGUAUAGCCAUUCAACCCAUUACAUGUCAAAGUACAGGAGCAUAGUCCAAGGGUUGCCAACUAGUACUGAUUCUCAGUAAUUAGGUCUGAACAAUGAGAAGAAUACCAAUGGUUUCAUGCAAAAUAUUGAUUUCUAAAAUUUAAGUUUAAUGUCUUUUCCUAUUGUACUUCUUAGAAAAUACUGAUUUCCUCGCCAAAAUACUGAUUUUGCAGCUUUAUAAAUAGUGAAGUGUUCUUGUUCAGGAUGGCAGCUUUGUCAUCCAUGAGGAUUUGACCUGCUACCUGGAGGAAUGCCUUCAAUCCCAUUUCAGUUCAAUUUAUUUUACGUCAUUUCAAAAAUACAAACAAAAUCAUAUCAAAAUUAAAGUUAGCUCACACCCUUAGAUAAAACGUACACUGCAUCCAUUGCAUCAGACCAUUACAUGGGGGGGGGGGAUAGACCAGAUUUGACAAUGGAUAUAUGGAAGCUCUGUUCCCAAACCAAACAUUGAGGGCCGUCACCCAAUACAUAGCCAAGUGCAAAAAUGCUGAGACAAGGUGAUCAGCACUUUUAAUUUAUGCAGUAUUAGCUGGCGUGGAUCUAGCGGGAUUAGACGCAUUAUCAUUCAGGGG